AUGACUGGACAUUGUAAUGAUUUUUCUGCUAAGGCAAAUUCAUCUUUUAUACUUCAUAUAACAGAAACAAUGUUGAAAUGUUUCAUUUGUGUGAUUCAUCAAAAUAUUAUCAUAUCUUAUUUACCAUAUUAUUUACCUCUUAUUAGAUCGUAUAAAUCAUGUAAACAUGAUAAAGUAUUAAAAAUACUUUUUGUUCAAGUAAAACAUUGGCAUCAUUAA